ACAAGCGUGAAACCCACUCUGCUGAAAUUCAAUCCUCCCUCUCCCUCUCCCUCUCCCUCUCUUUACCCUUUCUCACUCUCACUCACUGCAGUAGAAAAUAAAAGGAGUUUCAGCUCGAAAGACGUAGAGAGAGAAAGUGAGGGAGAUGAGAGUGAGAAGAGAAGAGUGAGCUUUUACUCUCUAUAACAAAAACACAGUGAGAGAGUGCUCUGAAACCUCUUCUCUUUGAAGAAGAAUAAGGAAAUGGCAAUGAACCAUAUUGAAGAACAAGUAGAGGAAGAGCAACAAAACCCUUCUCUAUCUUUACUUGACACUCUCUAUUGUGAAGAAGAGAAAUGGGAAGAGGAAGAAGAUGAGAAGAGUGAAGUUUAUAGCAGGAAUGAUGAUGACGAUAAUAACCCUUCUCUGUUCCCCCUAUUCUUGUUGGAACAAGACCUGUUUUGGGAAGACGAAGAGCUUCUCUCUCUUUUUUCAAAAGAAGAGCAGCAAAAACAAGCCCAUUACCUAUUUGGAGACUCUUCUUGUGCUCUCAGUUUGGUUCGCCGUGAGGCUGUAGAAUGGGUUCUCAAAGUCAAUGCCCAUUAUGGUUUCACAGCUCUUACUGCUGUUUUAGCCAUUAACUACUUGGACAGGUUCCUCUCAAGCCUAAGCUUUCAGAGAGAUAAGCCAUGGAUGAUUCAGCUCGUAGCUGUAACUUGUCUCUCUUUGGCCGCAAAAGUUGAAGAAACCGAAGUGCCUCUUCUUCUAGAUCUCCAAGCGAGUGAUGCAAAAUACAUGUUUGAAGCCAAAACGAUUCAAAGAAUGGAGCUUUUGGUGCUUUCUACUCUCCAAUGGAAGAUGCACCCAGUGACUCCUCUUUCUUUCCUCGACCAUAUUAUACGGAGGCUUGGAUUGAAAUCCCAUCUCCAUUGGGAGUUUCUCAGGCGCUGUGAACGUCUUCUCCUCUCUGUAGUCUCCGAUUCAAGAUUCGUCGGUUACCUUCCUUCUGUAUUGGCUACUGCAACGAUGAUGCGAGUUAUUGACCAUGUUGAGCCUUGUAAUGCCAUUGAGUACCAAAACCAGCUUCUGGGUGUUCUCAAACUAAACAAGGAAAAAGUAGACAACUGCUACUAUCUUAUAACUGAGCUAUCCAACGGCCGUGAUUACACCGUCUAUAACAACCCACUUAAGCGCAAGAACGAGCUAGUUCCAGGCAGCCCAAGUGGCGUUAUCGACGCUAUUUUCAGCUCCGACAGUUCCAACGAUUCGUGGUCAGCUGGAUCAUCAGUUUGUUCUUCUUCACAGGGUGGGCCUCUGUUCAAGAAGAUCAGAACUACUGAGGACGACAACCAGAAGAUGAGACUGCCUUCGGCUCUUAGCCGCGUCUUUGUCGACAUUGUUGGAAGCCCUCCUUGAAGAAAAAUACGUCGUCGUUUUCUCAUUUUGAAUCUAUAAUUGAAAAAAAGAGGAAAAAAAAACUCCAUAUUUAAAUUAUGGUAAUUAAUAUCUCAUUUCAAUGCAUGGGAUUAUUAGGCAUGCCUUUCUCCACCUCUCAUUCCCAUCUCUGCUUUGAUUUCCCAACAAUGCCCUUGAAAAGGCUUGAGGGAGAGUAAGAGCUAUGGUGAUAGGUGUGGCAAAAUGGCAUUUCAUGAUAUGAGAGAAAAGGGACAAAAGAGGCAUUAGAUAAAAAGAAGAGCAUUUGUGUAUAAUAAAGAAAAAGAACAAAAAAAAAAAGAAGAAAAGAAGUCCACUUCUCUCUCUCUAUAUUCGAUGGUUCCGGGCAAAAUUCUCACUUUUGGACCAUACCCUUUUAUUUGGACACAAUAUUUAAUUAUGUCAUAAAUAAAUUCAAAACAAUUUUUGAUUA